AUGCCUUCAAUAGAUCAUGAUGCAGGUGCAUCAACAAUUUCUUCAUCGAUCAGUUUGGUCAAAACCAUUAUAGGAGCGGGGUUGUUAUCCAUGCCAUUGGCAUAUUCCACAGAUGGGAUUUUAUUUGGUACAUUUAUCAUAUUACUAGCUGCUUUUACUAGUGGAUUUGGCUUAUUCUUGCAAUGUUAUGUAAGUAGAUAUGUUCCAGUUAAGCACGCCACAUUUUUCAAUUUAUGCUCCAUCACCUAUCCUCAUUUAUCAGUAGUGUUUGAUUUUGCGAUUGCUGUUCAAUGCUUUGGUUGUGCUGUAUCUUAUCUAGUGUUGAUCCGUGACUUAAUGCCCACCAUAGUAACUUAUGUCCCAUAUAUUGACGAGAAGCAUUAUCCACUGUUUUGGUUGCUUGUGUCCACAGUGUUAACUAUCCCCUUAUCGUUUUUGAAAAAUUUGGAUUCAUUGAAAUAUUCUUCAAUUUUAGGGCUUGUGGCUAUUUUUUAUAUGUCAAUUUUAGUGAUUGGACACUAUUUUGCUGGUGAUAUUGAACGACAAGGGCAGAUCACUUUGUUCCCAACCAGUGUGACUGGUGUAUUUAGUACUUUUUCAAUUAUAGUGUUUGCAUUUACUGGUCAUCAAAAUAUGUUUUCCAUUAUCAAUGAAGCCAGAGACAAGUCAUUGACGAGUCUCACGAAAUUGGUCAAUUUUGCCAUUGGUAUAUCCAGUUUGUUAUUCAUUGUUGUUGGAUUAUCAGGGUACUUGACCUUUGGACAAGACGUCGAUGGUAAUGUGAUUUUACUGUAUCCAAAUGGGCCAACCACUACUAUUGGUAGAUUCUGUAUUGUGUUUAUGGUUACGUUUUCUUUCCCGUUAAUGAUUCAUCCAGCAAGAAUUUCCAUUAAUAACAUUUAUCAUUGGAUAACAACCACCUAUUUCGACAAAGAAGAUGUUAACGAAAGUACCUCGUUAUUAAGAAAUGAUUCCGAGACACGCCAAAUUGCUGAAGAUGAAGAACAGGGAAAAACCCACCUAUCUCAUGUUGUUCCGUUUCCACAUAGAAAUUUUGUGAUAGUCACUACAUCAUUAUUAAUUAUCGGAUAUUUUUUAGCCAUUUCUAUCAAAUCGUUUGCAUUAAUUCUAGCAAUUGUCGGUGCUUCAGGCUCAACAUCGAUUUCGUUUAUUUUGCCAGGUUUGUUUGGCUAUAAAUUGAUUGGAUCAGAGCUGGAUGACCCAAGCACAUUAGAAAUCGCUUUCAAGAAUUUGUCUUUGGGUUUGACUUUUUGGGGUGUAGCCGUUAUGAUCUUAUGCUUAUAUAGUAGCUUGACUUUAUAA